CACCAUCCACCCGAGUAGAUAAUAUAUUGAUAAAACGAACUGAUCCACACUCCAUACCAGCUGGUGGCGAUAAUUCACCAAAUCUUUGUUUGCCAACCUAUAUAACAUCUAAAAGAGGGAGAAGUGUAUCCACCGGAGGAGUAAAACAGGCAUGGCCAGGAACAUGAGCACCAGCUUUGUCCCUAUAACUAGUUCCUUGUCUCAAUUGCAGUCUCUGAAUGGGCUCUUUGCCAUUUAUAAAAAACAAGGGCCUACGUCUGCAGACUUGUUGAAUACGUUCAAAGACGCUCUGCUCAAAGAAGCCGGUGUACAAAACCCAAACUCGCGUAAAAGAAAGAAGCAGAGCCUGAAGAUGGGGCACGGAGGGACUUUGGACAGUGCUGCCAGUGGAGUGUUAGUUGUAGGUGUUGGAUAUGGCACGAAAAAGCUCAGUACCAUGUUAGCUGGUUCAAAGAAAUAUGUUGCUGUGGGGGAGCUGGGAAAAGCAACAGACACUCUUGAUGCUACUGGUAAAGUGAUUCUAGAGAAAGACUUUGAACACAUAACCAGGCAAGAUUUUGAGGAGAAGCUGAAAUCCUUCACUGGUGACAUCAUGCAAGUUCCUCCACUCUACUCUGCUCUGAAGAAGGAUGGCCAGCGUCUGUCUGUCCUGCUGAAAAAAGGUCAGAAGGUUGAGGCCAAACCUGCCAGACCAGUCACUGUGUACAACCUGACUCUGCAGGAGUUCAAGCCUCCUCUCUUCACUCUAGAUGUUGAGUGUGGUGGUGGAUUUUAUGUCAGAAGCUUGGUGGAUGACCUGGGGAAAGCUCUGUCAUCCUGUGCUCAUGUGAAGAAUCUGGUGCGCACCAAGCAAGGUCAGUUCACCCUGGAGGAGCAUGCCUUACACGAGGAGCAGUGGACACUGGAGCAUGUCCUGCACUCUCUGCAGCCCUGUACACAGUUGGAGCAGGGUACUAAACCAUCAGAGGAACACAAUGUGAACAGGACCUAGGCUAACAAUACGACAUGACUCACUUGUUUGGCUUUUCGAUGAAUAAAACAGUUGAUCCCAG